CAGUCUGGUUUGGUAGGCGCCUUUCUCUUCUUUUCUCUCCUACUUCUCCCCAUCGUUAAAGCCGCUCUCUACUCACCUAUAUUUCUCACCCACCACCGAAAUCAACCCAACAAUCACAAAUUCUUUCAAUUUCGUCCCUCAAUUUUGGAAGAUUUUUGAUGGAUCCAUCGGCAGAAACUUCAUCAGCUAUGAAAGCAUGGCCGUUUGAUCUGCUGUCAGCGAUUAUAAAGGGUAAUUUUAAAGACCUGCCGAACGUUUCGUCGGAAUCAGGUGGUGGUGUUGAGGUGGUGACCACUAUGUUUAACGAGAACCGUGAGUUCGUUAUGAUUUUAACGACGUCGAUCGCGGUUUUAAUCGGGUGUGUCUUCGUUUUGGUGUGGAGAAGAUCGGGUAAAUCUAAGUCGGUUGCUCAUGCUGAACCGCUUAAGCCGUUGAUUGUCAAAGAGCUUGAACCGGAACCUGAUGACGGUAAGAAACGUGUCACCGUCUUUUUUGGUACUCAGACCGGUACAGCUGAAGGAUUUGCUAAGGCUUUAGCUGAUGAGGCAAAAUCAAGAUACGAGAAGGCCACUUUUAGAGUUGUUGAUUUGGACGAUUAUGCGGCCGAUGACGAUGAAUAUGAAAUGAAGUUGAAGAAAGAGUCUUUCGCUUUGUUCUUCGUUGCUACAUAUGGAGAUGGGGAGCCGACAGAUAAUGCUGCGAGGUUUUAUAAAUGGUUUACUGAGGGAAAAGAUAGAGAGGAAUGGCUUCAGAAUCUUCAUUUUGGAGUUUUUGGCCUUGGCAACAAGCAAUAUGAGCAUUUCAAUAAGAUCGCUACGGUGUUGGAUCACAUCCUUGAAGAGCAGGGUGGAAAGCGUCUUGUCUCAGUAGGUCUUGGAGAUGAUGAUCAAUGCAUUGAGGAUGACUUUACUGCUUGGAGAGAAUCACUGUGGCCUGAGUUAGAUAAGCUCCUACGGGAUGAGGAUGAUGCAGCAAAUGCUUCUACGCCCUAUACAGCUGCUGUAUUGGAAUACCGUGUUGUGUUUUAUGAUUCUGAUAAUGCAACUUUAGAGGAUAAGACCUGGAGUAAUGCAAAUGGACAUGCUGUUUACGAUGCUCAACAUCCAUGCAGGGCUAAUGUUGCUUUGAGAAAAGAACUCCAUUCGCCUGCCUCUGACCGUUCUUGCACCCAUUUGGAGUUUGAUAUAGCUGGCACUGGACUAUCAUAUGAAACUGGGGAUCAUGUAGGUGUUUACUGCGAGAAUCAUGAUGAAACAGUAGAGGAGGCAUUGCAGUUGUUAGGUUUGUCACCAGAUACUUAUUUCUCUGUCCAUGUUGAUAAUGAGGAUGGUACGCCACUUGGUGGAAGCUCCUUGCCCGCUCCAUUUCCACCAUCCACCCUAAGAACAGCGCUAACUAAAUAUGCUGAUCUUUUGAGUUCACCAAAAAAGUCUGCUUUACUUGCUUUAGCUGCUCAUGCUACUGAUCCAACUGAAGCUGAUAGACUAAGGCAUCUCGCUUCACCUGCCGGCAAGGAAGAAUAUGCACAAUGGAUAGUUGCUUCUCAAAGAAGUCUGCUUGAGGUCAUGACUGAGUUUCCAUCGGCCAAGCCCCCGCUCGGUGUCUUCUUUGCUUCAGUGGCUCCUAGGUUGCAGCCUAGAUACUAUUCUAUUUCAUCAUCCCCCAGGAUGGCUCCAUCUAGAAUUCAUGUAACUUGUGCACUGGUUCUUGACAAGACACCAACUGGACGAGUACACAAAGGAUUGUGCUCGACAUGGAUGAAGAAUGCUGUUCCUAUGGAGAAAAGCCAGGAAUGCAGCUGGGCACCCAUAUUUGUUAGGCAAUCAAACUUCAAGCUUCCUGCAGACACCACUGUUCCGAUCAUUAUGGUUGGCCCCGGGACUGGUUUGGCUCCUUUCAGGGGUUUCAUGCAGGAAAGACAAGGCUUGAAAGAAACUGGUGCAGAAUUGGGACCUGCCAUAUACUUUUUUGGUUGCAGGAACAGUAAGAUGGAUUACAUUUAUGAGGAUGAACUCAAAAAUCAUGUUGAAAACGGUGUAAUCUCUGAAUUAAUAGUCGCCUUUUCACGUGAGGGACCGAACAAGCAAUAUGUGCAGCAUAAAAUGAUGGAGAAGGCUGCAGAUAUCUGGAACAUAAUUUCUCAGGGAGGAUAUUUAUAUGUUUGCGGGGAUGCCAAAGGCAUGGCUAGAGAUGUUCACAGAACCCUCCACACUAUUCUGAUAGAGCAGGGAUCUCUCGACAGUUCCAAAGCCGAGAGUAUGGUGAAGAAUCUCCAAAUGAACGGCAGGUAUCUUCGUGAUGUGUGGUGAUGAACUCUCGACGUAAAAUAUUUAUACGGAAGCCCUAUUGGGAUCAAAGAAUUUAUGAAAAAUGCUUACUUCUUCUGCUGGCUUAUUAUCUCGAUAAGAGGGUCAUCAUAGCACUAGCGAUUCUUUUUUUUUUUGGCUUACUAUAUUAAGGAUUUUUUGGUUCAUGUAUUGUAUGUAUACAGAGUAAUAAUGAUAUUAAUUAUUAUUAUGAUUAGGUUUAGUUUAUGAGAGAUCUAAUUUUCUUUGUAUGAACCAAAAAUGGUUCAAAUGUUGUUAUUCUCUUGUAUACGUAACAUAAAAGUUUGGAUGAGUAAUUAUGAAUAUUAAGUUUCGUA